CCUGAGCGCGCGGUGUGUAGGUCGCUUCGUUCGUGCCCUAGGAGUGAGGAAGCCUGGUGGGGUGGGUGAGUAAGGGUGUACCGCAGAGAUGGCGUCCGCCCUGGGAGCGAGAACUCUUAGCAAAGACGAUGUGAACUAUCGGUUACAUUUUCGAAUGAUCAACGAGCAGCAAGUGGAGGAUAUCACAAUCGAUUUCUUUUACAAGCCACAUACCAUUACGCUGUUAACGUUUACUAUUGUCAGCCUGAUGUAUUUUGCGUUUACGAGAAAUGAUUCAGUACCAGGAGACAAUCUUUGGAUCGGCACAAUCUUAGUUAUUUUCUUCUUUCUCAUUAUCAGUGUUCUUGCUUUUCCAAAUGGCCCAUUCACAAGACCGCAUCCAGCAAUAUGGCGUAUGGUUUUUGGUCUGAGUGUUUUGUAUUUCCUUUUUCUGGUGUUUGUCAUCUUUCUAAACUGGGAACAAGUGAAAGGAGUGAUGUACUGGUUGGAUCCUAACCUCCGUUAUGCUACUCGUGAGGCUGACAUAAUGGAGUAUGCAGUAAACUGUCAUGUCAUCACCUGGGAGCGAAUUCUUAGUCAUUUUGACAUCUUUGCUUUUGGACAUUUUUGGGGUUGGGCAAUGAAGGCACUACUGAUCCGCAGCUAUGGGCUGUGCUGGACAAUCAGCAUAACAUGGGAGCUGACAGAGCUCUUUUUCAUGCACCUACUACCCAAUUUUGCUGAAUGUUGGUGGGAUCAAGUAAUACUGGACAUUCUUCUAUGCAAUGGCGGCGGAAUUUGGCUUGGAAUGACUGUGUGCCGCUUUCUUGAGAUAAGGGCAUACCACUGGGCAAGCAUUAAAGAUAUUCAUACAACCACAGGGAAGAUAAAAAGAGCUGUUCUUCAGUUCACCCCAGCCAGCUGGACUUAUGUCCGAUGGUUUGACCCCAAAUCAUCCUUUCAGAGGGUGGCAGGAAUAUACCUAUUUAUGAUAAUCUGGCAGUUAACAGAAUUAAAUACGUUCUUCCUGAAGCAUAUCUUUGUGUUCCAAGCUUGUCAUCCUUUAAGCUGGUGCAGAAUCCUCUUUAUUGGAAUCAUUACAGCACCCACUGUGAGACAAUAUUAUGCAUACCUUACAGAUACACAGUGUAAAAGGGUUGGAACUCAGUGCUGGGUUUUUGGAGCUAUUGCUUUCCUGGAAGCCUUGGUUUGCAUUAAAUUUGGUCAAGACCUCUUUUCCAAAACUCAAAUCUUGUAUGUAAUCCUUUGGCUGCUUUGUGUGGCCUUAAUUACUUUACUUUGCUUGUAUGUGAUGGUAUGGUAUGCAGUGAGAUCUGGGCAGAGACAAAAGACCUUUUCUGAAUCAGAAGAUAUCAAUUAUAUUAGUUCAUCGUUAAGAUCUGAAAACAUAAAAGGAGGACGCAGAGACAUUCCAACAACAUAUCACAACACAGACCACAGCAGUACAUCAAGACGAAAGAAGGGCAGUGCAAGAUCAAAAGUUUCCAAUGGCAUCAGUGGGAAGAAGUAAGAGGAUACUGUGCGCAGAGAUGCCAGACCACCUUCUUGCCAUACAGCCGGCAAGGCAUUUGGAUACCGGUGAAAGCAAGGAGAAGAAUACGCUGGCAGCAGUGGAGUAGAUAUUAAGGGCUGGUGGCAUUGAUUGGUUCGUCACAGCUGCCUCAUUUGGGAGGUCUCUGGCUUGGGUGCUUGCUUUACUGCAGUCCACAUUAUUGGUUCUCAAAGCCCAUGUUUAGCAAAAUGAAAAUUAUUUUUAUUCUUUACCCUUUUCAUUUAAUUCCUGCUCUGUUUUAUAUAUGGUAUACUUUUCCACUGCUUACAAAAUGGGUUUGCUGUAUGUGCUGCAUGGCUUUGCCUGAUGGGCUACCAAAUGCUGAACUUGCAAAAUUUGCAAGUACAUUUUUUUUUUUUUUUUAAAUCCGCAUUCCAUUUGAGUCCAUUUUAAAGUUCAGCAUAAAAAAUGGCAAUAUGUUUGCUUUGCCAGUAGCUGGAUUUUUUAUUAUCAAAAUCAUUUCUAAUUAUCACAGAAAUGAAGAAGAAAAAAACAAUUCCCAAUGAAGAUGGGAACAAAAUGUUUAAGAACCUGUGACGAUUGAUUUUUCGAAGGACUUCAGAUCAUUAAUAUGUUGAAAUUUUCAUAGAGUAUGAACAGAAUCAAAUUUUUCAAUCAAACGUACCUUCUUUGUGGAGACACUAAAUAACUGUUCCUUCAUUUCAGUGUGGAUGUGUGAUGGAAAACAUUUGUCCACAGUAAAUGUUCCAUCUGAUUUCUUUAA